GCCCCAGCGCCUUCCUCCGACCCGGGCAGCACCUGGCAGCUAAGCGGGCUGCACCUGGGGCACGGUUGCCACUGGACCCGCGGGGAAGCGCGGCGGCGCGCUGGGCCGCAGGGGUCACGCGCGCUCCGCGGAACGGGCGGUCCCGCACCCGCGAGGAGGGGGCUCCGGCGGCGCGCGCCGUCCCGCGCGCUCUUCGGGGCUGCUCCCGGCCGGAGGCUGUGGAGAGCGCUGCCUGGCUGCGGCCGCACAAGUCCCAGGUCAAAUCAUUGGACAAUGCCACGUGCUUUAUGGACAGCGUGGGUCUGGGCUGUCAUCAGCCUGUCCACAGAAGGAGCCUCUGAUAAGGCUUCUUCUCUGUCUUGUGACCCAGUUGGUGUCUGCGAUGGCCAUUCCAGAUCUUUAAACUCCAUCCCCUCUGGUCUCACGGCAGGUGUGAAAAGCCUUGACCUGUCCAACAAUGAGAUCACCUAUGUCGGCAACAGAGACCUGCAGAGGUGUGUGAACCUGAAGACUCUGAGGCUGGGGGCCAAUGAAAUUCAUACAGUGGAGGAAGAUUCUUUUUUUCACCUGAGGAGUCUUGAAUAUUUGGACUUAUCCUAUAAUCACUUAUCUAACUUAUCAUCCUCCUGGUUCAGGUCCCUUUAUGUCUUGAAAUUCUUAAACUUACUGGGAAAUUUAUACAAAACACUUGGAGAAGCAUCUCUUUUUUCUCAUCUCCCAAAUCUGCGGACCCUGAAAGUAGGAAAUAGUAACAGCUUCACUGAGAUUCAUGAACAGGAUUUCGCUGGACUGACUUUUCUUGAGGAGCUUGAGAUCAAUGCUCAAAAUCUGCAGAUGUAUGCGCCAAAGAGUUUAAAGUCAAUCCAGAACAUUAGCCGUCUGAUUCUUCAUCUGAAGCAGCCUGUUUUACUCCUGGACAUUCUUGUAGAUAUUGUAAGUUCCUUAGAUUAUUUAGAACUGAGCAAUACUAAUUUGCACACUUUCCAUUUUUCAGAAGCAUCCAUCAGUCAAAUGAAUACAUCAGUUAAAAAGCUUAUAUUUAGAAAUGUGCAAUUCACCGACGAAAGUUUUGUUGAAGUUGUCAAACUGUUUAACUAUGUUUCUGGGAUCUUAGAAGUAGAGUUUGAUGACUGUACCCAUGAUGGAAUUGGCGAUUUUAGAACACUGGACAGAAUUAGAUACCUAGGGAACGUGGAAACGCUGACAAUACGGAAGUUGCACAUUCCACAGUUUUUCUUAUUUUAUGAUCUGAGUAGCAUAUAUUCACUCACAGGCAGAGUUAGAAGAGUCACGAUAGAGAACAGCAAGGUGUUUCUGGUUCCCUGUUUACUUUCGCAACAUUUAAAGUCAUUAGAAUAUCUGGAUCUCAGUGAAAACUUAAUGUCUGAAGAAACCUUGAAAAACUCAGCCUGUGAGAAUGCCUGGCCCUUCCUUCAAACCUUGGUUUUAAGGCAGAAUCGUUUGAAAUCACUAGAAAAAACUGGAGAACUUUUGCUUACUCUGAAAAAUUUGACUAACCUUGAUAUCAGUAAGAAUAAUUUUCUUUCAAUGCCUGAAACUUGUCAGUGGCCAGGAAGAAUGAAACAGUUGAACUUAUCCAGCGCAAGGAUACAUAGUUUAACCCAGUGCCUUCCCCAGACCCUGGAAGUUUUAGAUGUUAGCAAUAACAAUCUCGAUUCAUUUUCUUUGAUUUUGCCGCAACUCAAAGAACUUUAUAUUUCCAGAAAUAAGUUGAAGACUCUACCAGAUGCCUCCUUCUUACCCGUGUUAUCAAUUAUGAGAAUUAGCAGAAAUAUAAUAAAUAGUUUCUCGAAGGAACAACUUGAUUCUUUUCAACAACUGAAGACUUUGGAGGCCGGUGGCAACAGCUUCAUUUGCUCCUGUGACUUCCUGGCCUUCACGCAGGGGCAGCAGGCACUGGCCCGCGUCCUGGCCAACUGGCCGGAUGACUACCGCUGCGACUCUCCCUCCCACGUGCGGGGCCAGCGGGUGCAGGACGCCCGGCUCUCCCUUUCUGAGUGCCACAGGGCGGCCGUGGUGUCCGCCGUGUGCUGUGCCCUCUUCCUGUUGCUCCUGCUCACAGGGGUUCUGUGUCACCGUCUCCACGGGCUGUGGUACAUGAAGAUGAUGUGGGCCUGGCUGCAGGCCAAGAGGAAGCCCAGGAAGGCUCCCCGCAGGGACGUCUGCUACGACGCCUUUGUGUCCUACAGUGAGCGGGAUUCCUACUGGGUGGAGAACCUCAUGGUCCAGGAGCUGGAGCACUUCAACCCUCCCUUUAAGCUGUGCCUUCAUAAGCGAGACUUCGUUCCUGGCAAGUGGAUUAUUGACAACAUCAUUGACUCCAUCGAAAAGAGCCACAAAACCAUCUUUGUGCUUUCGGAGAACUUUGUGAAGAGCGAGUGGUGCAAGUAUGAGCUGGACUUCUCCCAUUUCCGUCUCUUUGAUGAGAACAAUGAUGCUGCCAUUCUGAUUCUGCUGGAGCCGAUUGACAAGAAGGCCAUCCCCCAGCGCUUCUGCAAGCUGCGGAAGAUCAUGAACACCAAGACCUACCUGGAGUGGCCCACGGAUGAGACUCAGCAGGAAGGGUUUUGGUUAAAUUUGAGAGCUGCAAUAAGGUCCUAGGAUCCUUCAUUAAGCGUCAGUCUUGGUGUGGUGGUGGUCCUUCUAUCACUAGUUAUAACUGAGUCCAUUCUGACUCAAUUAUAUGUGAACCCUCCAAUGAAUAUUCAUUGGAAGAACUGAUGCUGAAGCUGAAGCUCCAAUACUUUGGUCACCUGAUGUGAAGAGCUGACUCACUGGAAAAGACCCUGAUGCUGGGAAAUACUGAAGGCAGGAGGAGGAGGGGAUGACAGGAUGAGAUGGUUGGAUGGCAUUACUGACUCAAUGGACAUGAAUUUGAGCAAUCUCCAGGAAAUAGUGAAGGACAGGGAAGACUGGCAUGCUACAGUCCAUGAGGUUGCAAAGAGUCAGGCAGGAUUUAGGGGCCGAACAACAACCAUAUAUAAACUAUAUAAAUGAGGACUUGCUUACUAAAAUGACUAAAACUGUUCAAAUUUUGUCUAGAGUGCUGUUUUAUAAAAACUGCUACCAAAUUGGAAAAACAUGGUUCUAGGCUUUUAUUUAUCCUAUGAGACAGUCAUGAUCUCAGUCCAUGAUUGAUAUGUGAAUUACCUGUAGCAGUUGGCUUAGUUCAUUAGGAAACAGCAGAAAUGAAUAGAUUUUAAGUGACUUUCCAUCCGCUUUCUGCCAGGGGCUCAUCCACGUCUGAAGAGGGUGUUCUUCAUCCCCGUUCUCCCUUCUGUGUGUGACUGCUCUCAGGAGCAACAAAACAAAAUGUUAAAGUCCUUCAGCCAAAUGUAUUGCUCUCCUUAGGAAAAAAGUGCUGUUUUGUGUCCCCAUAAGCUUUACAGGAUACUGAAAUACCUCGAUAGUGUAUUUUAAAAUGAACUGUGCCUGUCUUUCUCAGUAUUUGAUAAGUUUCUCCAGCCAUAGUUACUUGAGAGAGGGUAUAUAACCCAAGAUGCAGUAAAUUAUGUAUUUCUCUGGAAAUGAAACUAAUGAAAUAAAUACUCAGUUUUGAAGAAUUUUAAA